AUUUGCUCCUUCCCUUCGACAUUCUACCCCCCUCUCCCGACUCAGGCCUUUUCCUCCGUUCCAUACCAUUGCCAGUACAACACCUACCCCCAGAAACUCUCACUCUCACUCCAGAAUGGGAAAGAAAAAGAACCCUAUCACGGAAGAUAGACUCAUCCUUCCUUCUCAUGCAACUACGUCGACCAGCACAUCGAUUGUGGACACCCACACCCACUUAGCCUCAACGUACGAAACUUACAGGAGCAAGUUCAAAAAUGCAAAAUACGAAACGGUGUAUGACUUUGUAAAGGGGAUGUAUCAGGAUAAGAAAGUCGAGGCUAUCGUGGACGUUUGGUGUGAAGCUCCGGUACGGAGGGUGUGGAAGGAGUUUGCGGAUUCGGCUUUGGAUGAGGAGGAUAGAAGGACGAAAUGGGGCGGGGUGGACUACUGGUUUGUUAUGGGUGUUCAUCCACAUAAUGCUCAGGGUUACACCGACACAAUUGAGCACGAAAUAUUAGAAGCAAUGGCCCACCCACGCUGCGUAGGCUGGGGAGAAAUCGGCCUCGACUACCACUACGACUUUUCACCACGCGAAGUUCAACGCGAGGUUUUCACUAGACAACUCAGACAUGCUGUUAGACUUCAGAAGCCUUUAACGAUUCAUACGAGAGAAGCCGAUGAGGAUACGGAGAGGAUAUUGAAAGAGAUCGUUCCUAAGGGUCAUAGAAUACAUAUUCAUUGUUUCACGGAUUCGCCUGAUUUUGGGCAGAGACUGCUAGAUCAUUUCCCCAGCCUUUACAUUGGGAUCACAGGCGUGGUAACUUUUACCUCAAACCUCAACACGGCCGAAAUCGUUCGCAGGAUGAAACCUAGAAUAGGAACUGUCCCCUCCGACCUUCGAAUCGUUCUAGAAACAGACGCUCCAUACAUGAUCCCCGCGAAUAUAUACGGUUCUCUUUCACUUGCAUCGUCCUCCGGCAAUCGAUUGCCCCUCAGUCAUAGUGCCAUGAUUCCGUGGACGGCUGAUUUUGUGGUUGGAGUGCUGAACGAAGGGAAGGACGAAGUGGGCGAGUGGGAUAGUGAAAAGGUUCUACGAGUUGGGAGAGAGAACGCUCGCAAGAUGUAUGGCAUUUAGUUGGUUUGGAACGAGUUCUUGGAUAUCCUCAAUUUCCGACUCUAUGGUUCAGUACUCAGUGGCCGCGAGAUUUUAUCUUUAUCGUACCAGAUCAGGACCGCCACGUGUACAUUAUCUGUACGACGCCAUCUUGUACCGUUGGGCUGCCUAUUACUGAGACCAUUACUCGGACAGGACGACUUGUAGAUGACUUUCAGUGGGGUACCUAUUCUUUGAAUUUCUGAAUCGACUUUCUGCCUCCCUUUCAGGACUAAUGAACCUGGCUACGGACGACAAGCCCAUGGCGCCCUGGGGGAACUUGUUCCUCCCUUGUCGAAAAGGGUUUCAGGGAGUUCUAUUAUGCUAAAGAAAUCUACCAAUCACAUAGAGUUGCAAACCUGCCUUUUUACCGAAAUUCGAAGGAUGCCUUCGGACUAUUCAAUUUUUGCCUUUUAACCGAGUUCAGACUCCGGUGUUGGCGUUCGGGCGGGUAUAUUUCUAUUCAUAGCGU